AUGGAGCCUCCAAGUCCGCUCCGCUUGAUGGAAAUGUCGACGGAGAAAAUGAUGCAGCGGCGGCAGCAGGCGCCGUCUACACGAAGCGUCCAAACGCUCCAAGCAGAACUAGAUAGCUGCCUCACUCGAGAUGAAAAGGAGUACGUAGACGAUGUGGUCCGGCAGAAAGCAGCGGCCUUUUCUCGUCAAGUGGCCGCCAAGCGGCGACUGCGGGUCGCAACCAAGUCGCCAUCGUCACCGUCGGUUGUCAUUCCACAGGCUUCGUCCGCGAGCACGUUGGCGCCCCUACUGUCCCCCAACACCGCCCCGUCCACCCACCAUCGCCGCAACUCGUUGGCGUCUCAUCCUGACACGUUUGUCCUGCCAUCCUAUGAUUUGUCAUCCAGUCCACCCCCGACGCUGGAGUCGGCGGCCGCUGGAGACAACAAGCCGCCGCCGCUCCUUCCGGUUGAAUAUCCUCCGCAUGAUGCCAGUCUUCAGUUGGAACACAUGCUGACUCGUGAGGUCUACGCCCAAAAGCACCGGCAAGCGAUGGAGCAUUUCGCCAUCAAGUUGGAAGCCGAGGCAGCGGCGUGGAAGCAAAAGUAUGCCGAGUCGGUGGUCCUGUCGAUGCGGUCGAGUGCGCUGGAGGCUCAAGUGACUGCAUUAAAAGCAGCCAAUACGCAGUUGGUGCGCGAAGUGCAAAUUGCCCACGGCAAGGUCGAUGACGUGACAGCCCAAUUGCACAACGUUCAAGUGGCGUUGGACACAACCCAACGACAGACCCAAGCCAUGACCAUGGACGUGCUGGAUCAGACCCGACUGACCAACAACGAGUUUGAAGAGCGACUGAUCCAGGAGCAACUCACGAGCGCCGAGUUGCGGGAAGUGGUGCAGCACUGUAUGCGGCAGAUGGAGGAAUUGUCCUUGAAGGAGCUGAUUCCGAUGGCCAACAUGCCAGCCCCGGUGGAUGUGGAACCCGCCAAAGGGCGUCGGAAUGGCGGUCGUCGACUUGGGAUUCGAAAACGAGAUGCGUUGGUGAUCCCGCGGGUGCGCGGCACGGACGACUAUAUGCAAACCUGUCCAUGGAUGUUCUACCGCAGGCUGUUUAGCCCCCUCAGCAACGAGACGUGGCCGGUCGAGUUCCAAGACCGAGUGUGGCAAAGCCGAUCCGACGCGGCAGUGCACCAACGGUGGAUGGACGCCGUGGUAGCCACGUGCAGCCUCCCGGACGAGUUGCUCGCAUUGUGGACAGCCACGUCCGUCUUGGAGACAACCAACGCGCUGUGGGUGGACAAGCAGCUCGACGACAGCCGACACGGAGCAGCCAAGCUACCGACGCAGAGCCUGCCCAUGUUCAUGUGGAGCUGGUUCCUCCAAAAGUUCAAAAGCCGGACUGUGGCCGCGGCCCAGUUGUACCUCUUCACGGUGGGGCUCAUCGAACACAAGGGUGCCCAUGCCCGCGUGGAGGUGAUGGCAACCCUCAUCGGUCUCUCCGGCGUCAACGUGUACCUGCCUCGGCUGGCCGACUGCCUGCUGACAGUCGUCGGGGCCCUCGUGCCCCUGCCGACGCUCGCCGGCGUCCUCGCCACGUCUCUGGUGAAACCUGCCGUGUUUGACAUGGCAACGGUCGAAGAAGCGCUGGCCGAAGCGUUCGUGACCGUCGAUCGAGUAAGCAGUGGCCCUCUCAGCGAGUUUCUUCGCAAUCAUCCGUUCGACCGCAUCGUCGUGUCUGCCGAGUCUGCCGACCGAAUCGCCGACAUAUUGGGGGCGGAAGCGACCAAAGCCAGCCACUUGGCGCGGACGACGUAUUGGGCAGAUGAUGACGGCGUCAGCACUUCGCGAAGUGCGUUGAACACGACGCGGACGACGAUUUCUACUGUGCGCUCGACAACCACUUAUUCGACCAACUUGAUGUCGUCCCGUCGCCACCAGAGCCUCCGAGGGAAAACGGUCCACCUGCAACUUGAAGUGGUGCUACGAUUGGUGGUCCAUGUAUGGCUCCAUCAGGCCACGCAAGACUUGGAUGCGUUGAUGGCUACGAUGCAGCACGAAGACUCGUCCGAAGCCCUGGACUUUAAGGAAUUUAAAACGGCGUGUUUGACCCAUUUCCCCCAUGAAUUCUCCGACCGCGAAGUCAUCGACAUGUACGAGACGGUAAUGACAAGUGCAAAUUGA